GUUUGAGUAUUCAUUUCUGUCUAUCACGGUGGACUUGAUUGCCUCCGCUCCUGGGUCAUACUCUCUAGAAGGUAUGGACGACGAGACGGAAAUCUACGGCUAUGGUAGACUUUUGCAGGCAUGGCGGGUCAAUAACUGCAUCAUUAAGGACCCUCAGAAACUGCCACUUAAUAUAUUGGCACAAGUAUCAUCAGUAGCCGGCCCCCUUUCAACAUACAAAUCGAAUGCUUCGUCGGUAUUCACCCACCUUCUCUGUCCAUUAAUGUUCGACCAGAAACUUUUGGCUCCUGGAAGCCAACUGUGCAAAAAGCACCAGGCUCACUUCAACUAUAGACCUUGGCUUCUGUAUGCUUGUGUAACAGAUGUCUCAAGAAGCAAAGAUUGGAUAUAGCGUCGGCCGUCUGAUUCAUUUUGACUAUACUAGCAGGCUAAACAGAAGUAACUAUGAACAAAACAUCAAGCCGUACCUCUGCAAAUGGAAUAAUGGACAUGAAUACACGGGACGGGAGAGAAAUCCUGCUCACGUGAAGUUGUAUAUGUGUGAUAAUGGUGAUGAUUUCAAGUCCCUCAAGUGGUUGUAUAUGGGAAGUCAUAACUUAUCGAAACAGGCAUGGGGUGGUGGUUCCGGGUUUGGUCUGUGGCAGAAUAUCAAUGAGUAUCAGGUUUCAAGCUACGAGCUAGGUAUUCUCAUUACGCCUGAAAAUGACAAGGACACACUUAAACCGGUGUUUUGCAGCGAUUUCUCACUGGAAAAGUACCCGGUACGAAUGCCUUUGUACUUGCCACCAACCAGGUAUUCUCCAACUGAUAUGCCAUGGAGCAAGAAUAUCAGUUAUGGUGAUGUUAAAGAUAGCCUCGGGUGCUCAUACAAUAUUGAAUAAACCACCGCACGACUAGUUUGAAAUGUUUUCGCAACCGGUCGCGAACGCGUCUGAGGUGCGAAAAUAACCUGUUACUUGUAUAGAUUAUAACACAUGUAUAUUAAGCG